AUGCGAGACUCACAGUAUUCUGAUUGUCCUGUGCGAAGGUACCACUGUACUGGAGCGACAACCACGAACUCGGUCGAGGUUAGCGUCAACUCUAUCACUGCUGCACUCGAGGGCAACUCAGAACAGACAAAACCGUUCCAGCUCAAGACCCUGGAACGAUAUCAGAGUUUGCCGACGCCUGUUGUCACGCCGUGUCGAACACUUCUUAUCCUUAUCUCCGUCAACUUCAUGCAAACCAGUGAAUCCGACAUGGCUGCUCUCUUCCCCAUAAUGCUACUCUUCGUCGGUCUUUUGUAACUCCCAAUCCUUGACCAAGAUCAGGACAUUUUUGACACGCGGCCAUGCUUUGUAUAGGACUUGCGCGUUAUUUUGGUGUCUCCUCUCGUCGUGUCUCGGAACUUCGACCCGACAGGCUCUGAGCAAUGUCUGGGAAUAUCUCUUACUUUCUUCAAGGAACUCUGGCGACAGCCCGUUGCGAAUGAGGCGUCGGGCCGCGCAGGGUCGAUUUGGCAUGGCAGCAGAGGAGUGGGAGAUGAAUAGCGUGCAUUGAGAGUAGAGACGUUACUCGAAAUAACAAGAGGACGACCAUAGCGCGUUUGAUCUGUUAGGGGGUGUUUUGACGUAUAAAAGCUCGCCCCUCACCACCUUU